GUUGACGUCGGGUUGAUAGUCUACCUCACGGCGUGGUACCUCGGCAACUACUACUACAACAUCUUCAACAAGACCGCCGCCAAGGCCGGUGGUGGCUCCGAGUAUGCCAUGAUCAUGGCUUGGAUCCAGAUGGCGGUCGGCGCAGUCUACGCUCUCGCGCUGUGGAUCCUGCCAGAGGCCCGCAAGGCACCGGCGAUCACCUUCACGCAGGUGAUGAAGCUGGCUCCGGUCGGCUUCUUCACGGCGGCGGCGCACGCCGGCGCCGUCUUCUCGCUCUCCGCCGGCGCCGUCUCCUUCGCGCAGGUCAUCAAGGCCGCCGAGCCCGCCUUCGCCGCCGCGAUUGGCUAUGCGGUGUACGGCAGCUCGGUCUCACGCGCAAAGCUGCUGAUGCUCGUGCCAGUCAUCGGCGGGAUCUGCAUCGCGUCGGCGUCCGAGCUCGACUUCACGUGGGCCUGCCUCGCCGCCGCCGGCGGCGCCAACGUCGCCGCCGCCUUCCGCGGGCAGGAGAACAAGAAGGCGAUGGCGGGCGACAUGAAGGCAGCGAUCGGCGGCGGCGCAAACGCCUACGCGAUCGGGACUCUGUGGUCGACGCUGCUGCUGAUCCCGACCGUCUUCAUCACGGGCGAGUGGCAAAAGAUGGACGCCUUCCUCAAGGUCUGGGAGGACGACGGCCUCCCCGGCCACACCGGCUUCCGCUUCAACCUCAUCAUGUCUGGCCUCACCUUCUACCUCUACAACGAGGUGUCUACGCUCGCGCUCGGCAAGAUCUCGGGCGUGACCCACUCGGUCGCAAACACGGCAAAGCGCGCCAUCAUCAUCGUCGGCUGCGCAAUCGCAUUCGGCGAGUCGAUGUCCCCUUCCAAGAUGGCCGGCUGCAGCAUCGCCAUCGGGGGCACUUUCCUCUACGCCGUCGCAGACGACAUCCUCCCACAGAAGAAGAAGAGCGCCUAAGCGCCGCGCGAGCCGCCGCCGCAGCAGCAACAGCGCUGCCGCCGCCGUUGCCGCCGCCGCGGCAGCAGCCGCAGUAGCAGCCGCGGCAGCAGUGGCGGCAGCAGCUCAGCACCUCAGCAGCAGCGGCGGCAGCCCGGCCUGCGACGGUUCCUCGCCCGCCGCCUCAUCUGUCUGUGUUGGGCCGGAACUAUCGACGCCCAGCCUCUCUCGCAUGCCGCAUCUCUGCAUUGUGCACGCACUUCACCGCCCGUGUGGCCGCAUCCCCGCCCGCCCGUGUGUGCUGCUCGCAUCGGGUUUCGGGGCCAUCGCGGCGGUCUGUGUGAUUGUUUAUCUAUUGCAUGUGGGGGCCAUCGAGUACGUGCCAGCUCGGCGUGGGUCACAUUGCGCACCGAGAAACCCCCCGAAUUUAAUAAGUAAUUACGGGCA